AUGCAACUCCACGUUCUUUACUCCCUCGCGUCCCUCCUUACGCUCACUCAGGCGGCUAAAGUCGUCAAGGUGACCAAAACCGUCGACAACACCGUCACAAACACCAAUGUCGUGGAAGGUACCGUUUCUACCCUCACCGACUGGCUGACCAACACAAGAACCACCACCACAACCAGGUACACAUCGACAUACACCCUGACGAUUUUUGGCCAGCCCCAUACUUUCGUAAGUGUGGGGAGCUCCGAGGUGGAAGCUCCAGCUGGACCUGAAACUCAGGCUCAAGACGCUGAGACUUCUACUCCUCAGGAAACCCAGCCUGAAGAAACUCAAACCCCUGAAGAAACCGCCCAGGAGACUCAACCUCAGGAAUCUCAACCCCAGGAGACUCAGGCUCCUGAAACCUCGGCUGCUCCUUCCACCCAGUCGCCCACGACGCCGGCUCCAUCCACAUCCACCUCUGCUUCUGAGGAGUCCGUGGAAACCGCAGACGACGCUUCUGCUUCUCUGGAGUCAGGCUACCUGCUUGACUCUGUUCUGACGGCAGUCAACGAUGGUGUGUGUGUGGUGGACUACGAGUACUACGACACCACGUCCACGGAAACGGUGACUUCCACAAGCACCCUCACCUCCACCAUCACCGUCUAA